AUGGAGUCGAUUCAAACACAGAAGAACACGCAGAAGUUGCUGCAUCAAAACUACCGAUUCACGAGCGAGAAGUAUGUUGUUCAAGGGAAGAUCAUUUGGAGAUGUGAAAACAGGACUUGUAAAGCAAGAAUGCAUACUCUUGGAGAUCAAGUGCUGAAGGAACCAGGAAACACCACGCACGUACGUGCCGGGAGGAAGGAACGCACGCCCCGACGAUGGAAGCACCGGGAUGGGGGAGGUGGAAGCACUAGGACGGAGGAGGCGGCGUGGAAUCCUCCCUUGAGUCGCCUCUUGCUUCCGUGGGACGUAUCAGAGGAAAGACGAUUGCGAGGCCUCUCCUUCCGCGGGACGUGA